GAAGCCAGCCAGGCGCGGGGCCAGCGCCCGCCGCUUUUAAACCCAGGAGGGCGCGGCGGCGGGCGGAUUGCGGCGCGCUCGGGGCGCCCGGGAGGCGGCCGAAUGGAAAGGAAGAGCUCGACAGCCGGGGCCAAGGGGAACCCAAGCCCGCCCGCGGUCGGCGAGGGGCAGCGGCCGUCUCCACUACUGUGCGUCCCGGGCGCUGGCGGAGGGACCCCGGCGCGGGGCCAGGCCGGGGCGGCGGCCGAACCAGCCGAGCUCAUCCGGCGCGCGCACGAGUUCAAGAGCCAAGGGGCGCAGUGCUACAAGGACAAGAAAUUCCGCGAAGCCAUCGGCAAAUACCACCGGGCAUUGCUGGAGCUGAAGGGGCUACUACUAGCUUCCGGGGAGCGAGGAGAGCGGGACCCGCGCCCAGCUUCCCCGACCGGAGCCCCCAACCCCUGCCGCCUCACUGAGGAGCAGAGCAAGACGGUGGAAGCCAUCGAGAUCGACUGCUACAACAGCCUGGCAGCCUGCCUGCUCCAGGCUGAGCUGGUAAACUAUGAGCGAGUCAAGGAGUAUUGCCUCAAGGUCCUGAAGAAGGAAGGUGAGAACUUUAAGGCCCUUUACCGGUCUGGUGUGGCCUUCUACCACCUUGGGGAUUAUGACAAAGCACUCUAUUACUUGAAAGAAGCAAGGACCCGACAACCAACAGACACCAAUGUGAUUCGGUAUAUCCAGCUGACGGAGAUGAAGCUCAGCAGAUGCUCCCAGAGGGAGAAAGAAGCCAUGUAACCAGGAAGCCUCUCUAGAGCCACAUCCAUACCUGACCAGGGACUUCCAGGCCCCCCUGGUGGAGAGUUCCACCCUGGGGCUUGUCCCUCUGUUCCCACUUCUUCUAGCACCCCUCUUCUUCCUGUUGCUCCCCAACUCUUUGUCUACUCUCAGUGUGAAAAGAAAGGUGAGAAGCACAUCUAGAAGGUGGUGGGCUGCCCAGAUCUGGAGACGUCCUCUUCU